GGCACAUCUCGCCCAGGGCUGCCUUAGCAAUGUGCACAGCAGAAUAAACCUGCAGAUGGUCCAGACCAAGAGCACAGAGCACUCGGUCAGCUCUGGGGCCUUAAAAGUGUGACUGUGAACCGGGACCCCCUCAAGCAAGGCCGGACGAGUCCUGGAGGUGGGGGUGGCGGUCGGGGGUCCAGGGCGGGGGCUGGGGGCAGCAGGGCCGAAGGUCCCAGCCAGAAGCAGCACUGCCCCCAGCGUGGCUUUGUGGUUGAGGUGAGGCCACCGCCACCGAGCUGCCUUCCUGGCUCUCUCUUUCACUCUGACUCGUCCUGGGAGGAGCUGUGACACUUUUUUCUUUGGAGGGAGUGGUUCUUUUUUUUUUUUUUUCUGGUUCAGCUUCAUUGCAUGCUGGGACAGGGAGUGGGGUGCCGGUGCCGAGGCCGCAGCUCCCCGGACCACGGCUGCGUGCCCGAGGCUGAUGGGGACACGGGUGGCGGUGUGGCGGCUGGCUCUUUUAUUCCUCCUGGUUCCAAGGCAAGGCGCCAACUGUGGACACAACAGGUGCUGUUUUCAGGACUUGCCGUAUCCGGACACAGAAUCAGGGUCUCUCCCAGGCUCAGGCGCGGGCCCCAAGGACCUGAGCUGCUACCGGAUCCCCGGCGAGGGCUAUGAAUGCUCGUGGCAGUACGAGGGGCCGGCGGCCGGGGUCCGCCACUUCCUGAGAUGCUGCCGCCAGCGCUGCUGCUACUUCCCAGCGGGUUCUGCCACCAGACUCCAGUUCUCGGAGCAAGACGGGGUGCACGUGCUGGAAGACGUCACGCUCUGGGUGGAGUCCCGCUCUGCUAACCGGACAGAGAAGUCACCCAGCAUCUCCCUGACACUCUACACUUGGGUCAGAUAUGACCCCCCUGAAGAACCCUUCAGUCUGCUCCGGGCCCCGGGCCGGCUGCAGAUCCAGUGGGAGGCCCAAGGCCAGCCGGACGGCGUCCAGGUGCAGUUUCGGCGGCGGACACCCAGCGGCCCGUGGAUGUCGGGCGACUGCGGCCCCCAGAAUGACAGAGUCACAGAGUCUUGCCUGUGUCCCCUGGAGAUGGAAGUGGCUCAGGAAUUGCAGCUCCGACGUCGCAGGCUCGUGGGGUCAGGGACUCCUGGGGGUCCCUGGAGCAGCUGGGGCAGGCCCGUGUGCGUCCCCCCUGAACGCCCCCCGCAGCCUGAACUGCGGCUGGCCGUGGAGCCACUGCGAGGUGAUGGGAAAAGGGUCCUGACCGUGCAUGGCAAGCCACCGCCGUUGGCACUGCCGGAGGGCUGCCAGGACCCGGAGGCCAGCGGCGCCGAGCUGACCUACUUCGUGCACCUGCACAUGCUGUCGUGUGUCUGCAAGGCCAGCGCCACGAGGACCCUUCGCCUGGGCAAGAGGUCGCUCCUCUCAGCGGCCGCCUACAAUGUCAGCCUCCUGACCCGCGAUCGCUUUGGCAUGAGAAGCAGACCCGGCCAGACCUGGCAUAUCCCAGCUGACACCCACACAGAACUAGGGACCCUGAACAUCAGCAUGGGGCCCCACGGGACCACCCUGACUUGGCCAGCCCGUGCCCGGGACACCACGUACUGCAUCGAGUGGCGGCUGCAGCGCCAGGGGGCAGGCCCGGCCGGCUGCAGGCUGACAGAGGCCGCCCGCGGCGACCCUGGUCCCACUGGCAGCGCUGGCAUGGACACAAACAGCUGGACACCAGGUGCCGGAGACAUGGAGCAGGACUGUUACCAUGUCAUGGUCUUCGCCUCUGCCCACCCGGAGAAGCCCACCUCCUGGGCCACGGUCCUGUCCACUUACCACUUUGGGGGCAACGCCUCCCUGGCCGGGACCCCACACCACGUCUCCGUGAGGAAUCACAGCCAUGACUCGGUGACCGUGGCCUGGUCCCCGUCCCCGUUGAGUGCCUGCCCCGGGGUGCUGAAGAAAUACACCGUGCGCUACCGUGACGAAGAGAAAGACAGCGUGUCAGAGCAAUCCCAGGACCCCACGAAGACGCAGUUCACUCUGCGUGGCCUGCGAGCGGGCGCAGCCUACACGGUGCAGGUGCGGGCGGACACGGCUUGGCUGCGCGGUGCCUGGAGCCCGCCCCAGCGCUUCCGUGUCGAAGUCCGGAGGUCCCAUGUGGCCAUGGUCUUGGCUUCGCUGGGAAGCUUCUUUAGCGUUCUCCUCGUGGGCAUCGUCGGGUACCUGGGCCUCACCAGGGCUGCCCAGCUCCUGUGCCCGCCGCUGCCCACCCCCCGUGCCAGCACCGCCAUCCAGAUCCCUGGCACCCUAGGGCACCAGACUUGGCUGUGGACCAGCCCAGAGGGCUUCCCGGAGGAGGUGUACCCACAGCAGGCCCUAACAGUGCUGGAGCCGUCAUCGUGGGACACAAGAGAGGGGACUGAAGCCUUGGAGGAGAAGCCAGAGCCACCCUUGGGCGCUCCCCGGCUGGCCCUGGACGAGCAGGCCGGGACACAGCCACAGGGCCAGGAGGGAGGUCUGGGUGCCCACGGGCCAGGCAGGCAUGGGGCUCCCCGCCUCCCACUGCUCCCUGGGGUCAUCCUGCAGGACCCCCCGCUCAGGGACCCCUGGUGGGCUUGGGGACCCGAAAGGGACAAACAGACCGACUGACGUGGCUGGUUCGCCAGCCCCUGCUGUGUGCUCUGCCCCCGCCCCUACCAAGGCUGGCCGGUUGGACUGGUGUGACCCACAGAGGCCCAGAAUAAGUGGGCGGGUGGGUGAGCCUGAGGUGGGAACCCCAGAAACUGGUGGGAUGGGGGCGGAGGAGGGAUGAGCUCCCCAGAGGCUGGUGGCUGGACAGCAGCUGGGCUCCCCGGGACCCCCAAACUCGGACUCAGCGAUCCUCAGCCAUCUUGCCCCGCUGUGGCCACCAGAUGGCAGCAGCGGCACGUGUCGGUCCUGGCCAGUUGAUGGGCAAAGGACAAUGGGCCAUGAGGCCUGGGUGGUGGGCUGCCUCGGUGGAGCACGCCGCUGCCUCGGUGGAGCACGCCUCGGCCGGGGGGCUCCCCAAGCCCACCUCACAGCUAGUCCAUCUCUGGCCUGCCCUCCAAGGCAGGCUGGCCAGCUGUGACCCUGGGGGCGCCGUGUGGGUGGCCACCCGAGCUGGCCGCAUACCCACACCCUCGAGGGCCUCUUGUCCACACUGCCGGCAGGGUGAGGCACACUGGGAAGGCAGCACUGCCUGAGAGCCUGGAUCCAGCUGUGCCUGCUGCCCACCCUGUCCCACCACGUCCCUCUUUGUCCCAGAGUGAGAAGAUGGGGAGAGCUUGUGAGACACUUGAGGACGGCCCAGAGCCUUGGGACCCUGCACCCGCGUGGGAG